GGGAUGUCCUGAACCAACAAAACAAAGUGGGGGAAAGAAGGUGACUUUACAGGAGGCUAAAUUGGGGCCUUUUGAUUCUUCAAAAGAAAAACCUAAGCUGAAAAAGACUAGGCAAGUCUUGGGCACAGAAGCUUUUCUUUCACACAAACCCCAAAACAGAGAUAAGGAUGCGGCUACCAAAUAUCAAGCAAAUGAGAAAAAAGAACUAAAACAGAAACCUCCAACUAAAGAGCAAGUAGGAACUUCACACGCACUGGAAGUUUUUCUUCAACCAACAAAUGGUGGUAUUUUCCAGUUUGGUUCCACAAACCAACCGACGGGGGAGUCACUGAAUGCUAUCAAGGGUUUGGAAAGGAAGAAAUUACAUGAUCUAGACAUGAACAUAGUUCAGGAGGGAGAGCAAGGAGAUGGUGAGGAGCUAGUUGUGGAAAUGGUCCCGGAUGCCAAUACAGGUUCUAUGGAGGUUUCAACUUCCGCCUUAUCUGAACAAUCCUUAUGAAAGUGCUGACUUGGAAUUGUCGGGGAACUGUUAAUAAGCAUGCCAUAUGUCAUGUUAAGGAGCUUAUCAGGAUGCAUCAUCCCGAUAUGUUAGGAUUGCUUGAAACUAAGUCAGCCAAUUCUCAAAGGAUGGUUAGCAUGGCUAAAUCUCUUGGAAUGGUUGGUUGGGACUGUAUUCCCCCAUUGGGUUUCGCUGGGGGUAUCCUCCUCCUAUGGAAUCCAGUAAGGUGGAGCUCACUGUCAUAGAAAAAACAAGUCAAGCUUUGCAUUGCAAUGUGAUCUCGAAUGAUUUUCAUAUUAUUUGCUCUCUGUUAUACAUUCGUCCUAACCAGGCAGCCAAGGAAAGAUGUUGGACAGAAUUGAGGGAGUUCAAAAGAAGACAUUCUGGUCUGUGGCUCGCUAUGGGGGAUUUCAACAGUACGCUCUGGGCAUCAGAACAGUGUGGUGGAAACAUUUUGUGGAAUGCUAUGGACUGGUUCAGGGAUCAACUAAGUAGUUGUGAUCUCUACGAUGUGGGAACAGAAGGGGCACCCUUUACGUGGAUCAAACGAGAAGGAUCACGAGUGACCCUUCGGAAACGUUUAGAUAGAGUGGUAUGGAACGAGGAAGCUCACAUGAUAUUUCCAGAAGGGAAGGUGAUGUGUGUUUUCUCGCACUUAAAAAGAUUGUAGAAUAGUGGUUGAAAGUACGAGUAUCGUCUCCACAGGGACGGACAAAAGGGAAUUAAAGAUUAACUAAAUUCAGCGAUUAAAAAGAAAUAAAAUAAAUAAAUGCAAGUGUGCGAGAUUUGAUUGGUGAAUUAAAAUUAAACUAAUGCGAAUUGAACGAUUAAAAUAAAAGUGGUUUCUUCUCAAUUAACGACGAAGGGAAUAGGAAUUGAUUCCGGGGUAACCAGA